AUGUCCCUGCCAAAAACACCAUCAAACGAAGCAUCUGCUUCAACGUCCUCAUCUGCUGGUGAUAACGUUUGUAUUGUUUGUGCCACAAUUAUGUUAGAGAAUGAGGAUUGCCUUAUCAUUAGUAAGUGUAACCAUUCCUUCCAUCGAUCCUGUAUCGAGAAUUAUUUAUCCAAUACGGCAGAGUGUCCCAAUUGUAGACACCCCUGUGAUCUUGCCGAUUUAAAAAGAGUAAAUUUUCCCAGUAAACAAGAUACUCAAGCUAAACAAAGCAUUAGAGGUCGAGGCCGAGGAACGGUAACGAUGCCAUAUAAUACUCGUAGCCAAAAUAGAACACUCUUCCAUGAUAGUCAACGUCCUUUAGUCGGACACGGUAAUGAAGUGGAUGACGUAGAAGUGUCUGCUGCAUAA